AUCAGUCAUACGACAUCCACUGCCCUUUUUGUAUCCUCAAUCUUUAACCAACACACCAAAAUGUUCAAGCUAUUCCUGUUCGCCUGCUUCCUCGCCCUAGCGGCCGCCAAGCCCGGCGUGUACUACACGGCUCCUGUGGCAGCGGCCUACACCGCGCCCGUAGCGGCCGCCUACACCGCGCCUGUGGCCUACUCCGCGUACUCCGCUUACACCGCUCCCGUGGCCGCUUACUCCGCUUACACAUACGCUUCCCCCUACUCGUACUACCUCCGUCAACUGUUUAACAUCAUUCAGUUGCAGCAGCCACCUGAUAACACAAUCAAAAUGUUCAAACAAUUCUUGUUCGCCUGCUUCCUGGCCGUCGCCGCCGCCAAGCCCGCCGUCGUGCCCGUGGCGUACACAGCAGCGUACACCGCUCCCGUGGCAGCCGCGUACACCGCUCCCGUCGCAGCGGCCUAUACCGCUCCCGUCGCGUACUCAGCGUACACCGCGCCUGUGGCCUACUCCGCUUACAGCUACGCUUCCCCGUACGCCGCUUACUAUCUUCCUUAUUCUGCCCCGGUUGCUGCCGCCUAUGCUGCUCCAGUUGCUGCUGCAUACUCUGCCCCAAUUAUAUCCGCUGCUUACAAAGCACCAGUAUUCCUGAAGUAAACUACGAAAUGAAGAACUGAUUAGAUACAAAUAAAAUAUGGUUGUGCUAUCUCAAAAA